AUGAGGAUUUUGGUGCUGACGGCGCUAAUUGUCGCCGUGUCAUCUGGCCGACUAAGCAGCGAUAGCAAAGUCGAUGAAGCAACGCAGUGGCCAUGGCAAGUCGGCAAACUGUACCGCUACGACGUCGAGUCACACACGCUGGCGCGUCUACAAGAGGGCGCUAGCACCGGUAACGCGUUCAGAGCACGCUUCGUCGUCCGCGCGAAGGGGCCUGGUCUUCUGCAGGCCAGGCUGGAGAACCCCCAGCAUGCGCAGGUGCACCAAGACCUCGGACCGAACGGGGAACUCCCCGAGGAUCUGAAGUACCAGCCGGCGCAGAAUCUCGACAAACCGUUCGAGAUCAAUGUCGAAAGCGGUCGCGUGCUGUCGCUGAACUUACCCGCAUCGCUGCCACUAGCUCAGGAGAACCUGCUCAAGGGUCUCAUCGGCGCCCUCCAAGUAGACCUGACGCCGCAUAGAAACGUCCGCAGCCCUCACGACACCUACGACAAACAGAUCCAACAAGGCCUUUUCAGGAAGAUGGAGACCGAUGUCACAGGCGAUUGCGAGACACUGUACACCGUGUCACCAGUUGCAUCUGAGUGGCGACGUGAGCUUCCUAGGUUCGCGUCCGAAGAGGAGCCCAUUGAAAUCACCAAGAGCAAGAACUACGGCCACUGCCACCACCGCGUUGACUACCACUUCGGCGUGCCUGAUGGAGGCGAAUGGUCUGGAACUGCACACAAGACCCGUGAGGAGCAGUUCAUCAAGCGCGCCACCGUUGCCCGCAUCCUCGCCGGCAAACAGGGCCCCAUUUACAAAUCUGAGACCACCAGCACUGUUCACGUGAACCCUCACUUAUACGGCAAGCAAAAAGCUGAAGUGCACAGUCACGUGCAAUUGACCUUAGCUUCGCAAGAGCCAGACAAUGAACCCGAAUGGGAGAAACCUGAAGGUAGCCGUCCAAUCCAAAACCUCUUGUACUCUUUGACAACCAAACAGGUGAAUAUUGAUGAAAGCUCUUCUUCGUCUUCUUCCGAAUCUCAAGAGAAGUACAACCCUCAGAACCAGGAACUCGAUUCAGCUAAAAGUAGAUCUCGUCGCUCCUCUAGCCCUAAAAAGAUCGUAGCGGUAAACAAAGUCGUCAUUAAAAAACGUUAUGAGGGCCGUUCCGGUUCAUCCAGCUCUUCAAGCUCCAGCGAGUCUUCUUCUGCCUACGUUAACGACGACGUUCCCCGUAGCAACGAACCAGCAUACGCUGCUCUAUACAUGAACCCCCAACCACAUGGAGACAAGAAGCAAAAUCCUAUGAACGCUCAAAAACUGGUCCAAGAGAUCGCCCAGCAACUGCAAAAUCCUAGCAACAUGCCCAAAGCUGAUUUCCUUUCGAAAUUCAACAUAUUGGUGCGUGUUAUUGCCUCAAUGAGCUCUGGACAGCUUAGUCAAACUAGCCGCAGUAUCGAAAUUGCGAAGUCUUCGAAUAACAUCGUCAAAUCUGAUAUGUGGAUGAUUUAUCGCGAUGCGGUGGCUCAAGCCGGUACACUACCAGCAUUCCAGCAGGUCAAGACCUGGAUCCAAUCGAAGAAAAUCCAGGAAGAGGAAGCUGCUGAGGUGUUGGCUACUUUACCUUACACCCUGCGCUACCCAACUAAGGAACUUAUGACCCAAUUCUUCGAACUUGCUAUGAGCGAUGAUGUUCGCCAACAGCGAUAUCUGAAUACAAGCGCUUUGAUAGCUGCUACUAAGUUCAUCAAUAUGGGCCAAGUCAACAAUGAUACCGCCCACUCUUACUAUCCCACUCACAUGUACGGACGUCUAUCGCGCCAACACGACGCUUUUGUCCUCGAAGACAUCCUUCCACGCCUCCAACAAGAAUUGACCCAGGCCGUACAAGAAGGGGACUCUCACAGGCAACAAGUUUACAUUAAGGCUAUUGGCAACUUAGGCCACCGAGCUAUUCUAGACGUGUUUGCACCAUAUCUCGAAGGCAAAAUCCCUGUUACAAACUUUAUCCGUACCCAAAUGGUGGACAAUCUACACAUUCUGGCCCAACAGAGAGACCGCAAUGCCCGUGCAGUUCUUUACAGCAUACUUAGAAAUACCGCAGAACCUUAUGAAGUAAGAGUCGCUGCAAUCAAGAACAUCUUCAUGACCCGCCCCAGUGGUCCAAUGAUGCAAGCGAUGGCUGAGAUGACUCACGACGACCCAAGCAUUCAAGUCCGUGCUGCUUUGAAAUCUGGCAUUGAAUCAGCUGCUGCUUUGAAGAGUCCCCGAUACUUCGAACUUGCUAGAACUGCACAAGCGGCUAAGGAUAUGCUCACCAAGGAAAAAUUCGGAAAUCAAUACUCGACUAAAUUCUUCGACGAAUACUACGAUGACGAAAACGAGAAUACCAUCCUAAACAUCCUAUCGCAUAUUGGCAGUGAAGAUAGCCUUUUGCCUAAAUACUUGAAAUACUCGCUCAAGAACAAAGCUAGUGGAUGGAACAAGGCAAAUACCAUCUCUGCUUCGGUCUCAAGCAUCCAACGACUUAUGAACUUCGUCAGGGAACAAAUGUAUGGCAACAGCGAUAAGAGCUCCAACUCCAAUUCAAACCAUAAAUACUCCGCCGAGAAAAUCGCUCAGAUGCUGAACAUUAACCGAAAUGACGAAGAACCGCUAGCAGGAUCCUUCGAAGUGAACUUUAUGAAUCAAGACAGAUACUUUGCUUUUGGUGAAAGUGAUUUGAAAGAAUUAGCCCAAAGCAUAAAGGAAUACGCUAAACAACUCGAGAAAGGAAUGGACAAACAUUAUACUAAGGUUUUGAACCAGGCCCAGGUUUCUGUUAUGUUCCCAGUUGCUACAGGUAUGCCGUUCAUCUUCAAAUACAAAGAACCAACAGUUGUUCACAUUCAGAGUAAGGCUACAACCCAAUUCAACUUGCAAUCGGAAAAGGAGUACUCUGGAUCCAUCGACAAGACAAUUCACUUCACAUACGCCAGAAACAUUGACGGUAGCGUGGGUUUCCUGGACACUCUUGCUAAUCAACACGCUAGUGCUGGAGUCAUUAACAAAAUUCAGCUGUACAUUCCAAUUAAGAUGCAAAUACAGAUGAAGCGUGGCGAAAUUAAAGUGGACGUGUCGCCGCUUGAGCCUGAACAAGAUAAUACCAUUUUCCACUACAGUGCCUGGCCAUACACAGCCAAUCAAAAGAAAGACACUCUUACGCCGAUAUCACAGGACCCUACAACAAAAUUGGUAUCACGCAGCAACAAAAUCGUAUCGCUUGAUGCUAAGUACGGCCAGCAAGUCGGUGUGGUAUUCCAACUCCAAGGUUACUCGUAUUCCAAUGACUUUAAGAACGUUAUCGACAAGUUCAAAUGGGACAAUCUUGUUUCAAGCAUGGCGUCAGCAAUUUACCAGAAAGAUGUAGCCCAGACUCAUUUCAACUUCAAGUACCUUGGCAAGCAAUCAAAGAAUAAAGCUAUCUCAUUUACGGCUGUCUAUGACAAAUACUACAACCAGAAGCAAGAUGGUCAGCAGAAUCCCGUCGCAUCAGAAAUUAAAGACGUAACACCAAACAGCGAGGAGCGCCGCAAAGAAUUAGUCAAGCGAGCAGUGACGGGUAUUAACACAGCUGAGGCUGACGUUAUCGACCUAAGUCUAUCAUUUGAUGGCGCCCAGAAAGUGGAAUUCGUGGCAACUGCCGCUAUCGGUGAAAGCCCCGUUGACGCUAAGAUUCAGUAUGCCAUUUUUGCUGGUAAGAAUUCGCCUCAACAAGGUAACAGCCAAAUCAACGCCGUCGGUAAGCAAGAGAAACCCGAAAUAUCCUAUUUCAACUACCAAGAGGCUCUGCAAAAGGAAUUAAGGAUACCCUUCGAUUUCGACAUUCGCUAUGGGCCAAGUGGAAACAUUCAUAUUAAUGGACAAGCUGAACGCAGCAAUAAAUACGCAGAAGCCCUUAAAUCUCACCCUCUAGCUAAGCAGUGUGAUCAGGAAAUGGCUCGGGGUAACCAAUAUCAACACGCAUGCCACAAAGUGAUCGUCAUGUCACAGGCUCCGGACAAUUUCAAGGCCUCAGUUAUAUAUAAAGAUGUGAGCCCAUAUGUCAGAAACUUGGCUUUCCAAGCGUACAAGAUUGCGGAAAACCUCGGCUAUUGGUACACUGAUGUGAAUCCUUUCAAGACUAUUCCUGAUGGAAAACUUGAAAUCACUGCCGAGGCUUCUUUCCUGACCAACUCUCUGAACUUGGCAUUGGGCUCCAGAUAUGGCGAAGUGCAUGUGAAGAACAUGCCUAUUCCUGAGGUGGCGGUCAGCGCUGCAUCUGCUUACAGACCAGUAAACACCUUUGAACGGGUCUACAAUCACUACACCAGACACCAAUAUCAGCCUCACUGCUCCAUUGAUGGAUCUAAAGUGAAGACCUUUAGCAACCGCAGCUAUGAUUAUCCAUUGACGAGUUCAUGGCAUGUGGUCAUGCAGGAAGACGCCGGUCAAUCAGGGGAACAGUUCGUUAUUUUAGCAAGGAAACCUAACGAACAACAGCAAGAGAUAUACAUUUCGUACAAACCUCGAAGCGGCAAAGACUUGGAAAUUGAGGUCAAACCUGCCCCGGAGGGAUCGCAGAAACACCAAGUCAAGGUAAACACUAACGCAAAGAAGGUUUCGGAGGGCGAUUUGACCAUCUACUGGGACGACGAGGAGGAGAAGCCCGUGCUGCAGUACUACACCGAGUCAGAUGGCUCGCUUUUGUUAAAUAUUCGUGAGGACAGGCUCCGAGUGAUGUACGACGGCCGCAGAUCGGUAGUCCUUAACAAGGACAGUCGCAACAGCACCCGAGGUGUUUGUGGGCAAAUGAGCGGGGACCGACGUGAUGACUAUCUGACUCCAAACGGUCUCGUAGAUGAACCUCAACAUUACGGAGCGUCGUACGCCCUUGAGAGUGAAAACAGUGAUCCCCAAACCAAACAACUGAAGGAACAAGCGAAAGAGAAGGCGUACGCACCAGAAAACCACUACACGACUAUUCUUCGCUCCGAUGAAGAAUGGAAGAACGCGAUGCAGGCAUCAUCCGAGGAGGACUGGGGCUCCCAGAGCGUCUACAGAUCGAGAAGCUAUUCGAAACUGCGUGGACUCUGCAAACUGCAACAGCAGGUGCAGUAUUAUGAGAACCAUGGCGAGAUCUGCAUUACUACCAGCCCGCUGAACGCCUGCCAGUCCCAAUGCAGCGGCGACGGCUACAAGGUACAAGCUACUCAAGUGGUGUGCAGGCCCAAAUUGGACGCCCAGUUCCAAACGUACAGGAACCAGAUUCAACAGGGCCAGAACCCAAAAGUCACCGGGGUUCCGCAGAAUAAACAAUACAGGGUACCCAGCUCUUGCAAGGCG